AUGGAGGAUAAUUUAAUGGAAAUUGAUGAUCAACCUACAUCUUCUAAAUCUGCAGGAAAAUCCAAAGAUCAUGGGAAAAAACGUUUUGAAGUUAAAAAGUGGAAUGCAGUAGCUUUGUGGGCCUGGGAUAUCGUCGUUGAUAACUGUGCUAUAUGUAGAAAUCAUAUUAUGGAUUUAUGUAUUGAAUGUCAAGCAAAUCAAGCAUCUGCUACCAGUGAAGAAUGUACAGUGGCUUGGGGAAUUUGUAAUCAUGCUUUUCACUUUCAUUGUAUAUCUCGUUGGCUUAAAACUCGACAAGCAUUUGCUCAAGUUAAUAAGAUGACAUCAAGCCCUUUUUUCAAACAAAUGACUUUGAGAGAAGCAUUGUCAUUUUACAACACUCUUUAUUCAAAUUAUUCAUCAAGUCUAUUUUAUUUUAAAUUAAUUUCAUAUUUAUUGCGUGAAUGUGCCAAGUAUGAUAGAUUAGAUUUGGUAGACAUGUUUUUUGCAAAAUUUAUUCAUGAUAUUGACACUAGCCAACAAAAAUAUUUGUUGAAAUCUUUAGCAAUUAAUGUUUGGAAUGUGCUAUUGAAAAUAUAUAAUGAAAAAAGAAUGCAAAAUGAAGUAAAAAAUAUCUAUGAAACAAUGUAUCGAUCUAAUGUUGUUCCAAACUCGAUAACAUAUUCAAUCGUGAUAAAAUCAAGAUUAGAAGUUAAUGAUCCACAAUUUUGUUUGAAACUAAUUGAAAAGUUGAUAAUUCAAGGAAAUAAAUUAGCACCUAAUUUAUUGAAUUUACUUUUAAAAUCUUGUUUUUUAAUACAUGACAGACAAAUUAAAAACAUUACAUUCAAAUUGAUGGAGUAUUGGAACAUGAAACCAAAUGCUCAAACAUUUAUAAUAUUAUUGCAAAAUUGUAAAGAAUUCAAUGAGUUAGAGCAAAUAUGGUCCAAGAUAGUAAAAUUUAAAUUAUACAAAGAUCAUAAUUUACAUGUAGAGAUUAUCAAGAGUUGUUACUCAUUAACAUUUGACAAACAUAAUAUUAACAACAUAAAGUCAAUAGAUUCCAAUUUAACCUCACAAGAGAAAAAUACAUUAUCAAAAUGUUUUGAUUAUCUUCUAAGAAUAAAUAGAUUUUCAAAAGGGGAUACUGCAUUAGGCGCCUACAACAUACUUUUGGACAAAUUUAUAAAACAUGGAGAAAUAAUUAAAGCAAUAAGAAUUUUGGAAAUGAUAAUCAACAGAGAAUAUAUUUGGAAUAUAUUAAAUGAAAUGUUCACCAGAUCAAAAACCCAAAUAAUAUCAAAAAAAUUAGUCGAUUCUAUAAUUACAACAUUAGGAAAAUUGAAUGAUAUUUGUGGUAUUUUGGAAUUAUACAAAUCAAGACUCAAUUUUACAAAUAGAAAUGGAAAUAAAAAUUUCAUUGCAAAUGUUUUUGCAGAACGCACAAAUCAUAUCAUAAUAGAUGUUGAAUUUUACAAUAUUUUCAUGAAAGCUAUUUCAGUCUAUCAUCCUAAUCCCGAAAUUUCAUUGCAUUUUUUGAAUCUAAUUCCACUCAAUUUACAACCAAACCACUUAACCACAAAACAUUUAUUUUCAACUAUAAAUUCUACUUCUAAUAUUAAAAGCUAUUUUUUAAAAUUUUGUUCUGCAUUAGUACAAAAACAAGCAAAUAUAAAUAAAGAAGAAUUUGAAACAAUUAUUUAUAAUAUAAUAGAAAAGAAAUUUUUAUCGAUUGACUAUGAAUUUUUAUUAAUUUUUUAA